AUACAAAACUAUGGGCCGGCCGGCAGAGACGAAUGGCCUCUUUGCAACCAUUUCUAAACGUGUUCGUGCUCGCUGCAGCGUUGCCAAAUUUCAGUGCAAAAAAGAAGCAACCAGAGUAGUCAGAGAAUGAUUGAGGGAGGGGACAGCCAUCGGACAUGUUCGAAGCCAACUGACGCCGCUGGCACUGAAGUUUGGCAACAGGGCACGCCAUUCGUAUGCUUUUCCUGUUUAAAAAUGACCAUUAGAAAUGACAAAUAAAAGGAAAACUGGAAUUAUAGGGAGCCUGAUAAUGUAAGCCAAACAAUAAGCAGAUCUGAGUUACAGUUACAGCCGAGAAGCAAAGGCGCAACAACAGACAGAAUAUAUCGAGAAAUAGACGGUAUACGGUGCAUGACACCAUUCGUUCUCAUUCGCAGUCAUGCGGCAUCAGUUGCUGGCGAGCAACGAAACCGAAACCGUCGCCAUGCUCAGUCCGGGGGCCAGCAGCAGCGGCAUGAUGAACAACUCUUCAGCGUCCACGGGCAUUCUGUGCGACGAAAAGGAGGUAAUGGAGGAGUUCAUCAGCUGCUAUCGCCACUUCGCUGCCCUGUGGGACAGCAGCAGCAGCGACUACCUAUCCAAAACGAAGAAGGAGCCCGGCUACAUGGAGCUCCUCAAGAUACUGCGUCGCAUCAACGGGGAGUGCACUGUGCAGGAUGUCAAGCGGAAGAUCAAUUCUUUGCGAUGCUGCUAUCGCAGGGAAAUCAAAAAGGUCCAGUCCUCCAAGUACAACUAUCGGCCGCGGCUCUGGUGGUUCAACUUAAUGGACUUCCUGAAGCCCGUACUCAAUAUUGGCUCGCCGCCGCACAUGGACGACAGCCUCGACGAAACGACCAUAAAUGAUAAAGACAUGUUUGUGGAGUCCUUUAACACCGAAACGGAUGCCCUGGGCGAUCCGGAACCGGAUCCAGAACCCGAAAUGGAAGCCGCCGAUCUGACGCCCGCCAUGCGGAUGACGACGACGCUUAAAACGGAGGAGCAUAGCCAUAGCCAUAGCCGCGACUACCAGACGCUGUCACCGCAAUCGAUGACAUCGAAUGCCAGUGGAUUGUACUCCAGUCAACCGGUCAAGCACCGCCAUGGAUCUGGGAGGCACCCACUGCCGGCCGAAGGGAUGCUGCUGCGGACUGGGCGUCCCGCGCGUCGGCGCAGCAGCACGAGCCACGAUGAGGAGUACUUCCAUUUCGUGGACGGAGAGCCGAGCAUGAAGCAACGCCGCAUGGAGGAUCAUGCAGAGAGCGAGUGCGUGCUGAUCGGGAAGCGAAUGGCGGCCCACUUUCGGAACAUGCGCCCAGACCAGAGGCUCUUUGCCGAGCGGAUCAUCAGCGAGGUCCUCGUCUACGGCCGAAUGAAUCGGCUCUCCCUGCGAGCACGAUUUGUGCCCAAUGAUGAGGACGGUGCAUUGCCGUGAGGCACAGGUGGUGUCGGUGUCGGUCACUCGUGGCCGGUGGAGGAGUCAGUGCUGCCAAUACGAGGUGUGG